AGAUCUGAAGCAAUCUGAAUCACAGGUUUUGUUUUGUUUGGGGCAUUAAACUCUCUUUCAUCUCCCUCUGCCUCAAUCAAACCCUGCAAGGAGGAUUUGUUUUGUCUUCUCCUUUGCGAGAGGGUUCUCUGGUUCGUCCUGGUUUUGGGUGUAACAGAUGGCGAGAAUUGUGAGGAGUUGUUUACAGUCCAUAUUGAAGAUGGUGAAUUCGUUGCUGGGUAUGGUUGGGAUCGCCAUCAUCCUCUAUGCCGUUUGGCUGAUCAGAAAAUGGGAAGAAGAAAUGGGUAAUCUUCCCUUCGAUGAUGCUGACCACCCAGUUCCUUGGUUCAUUUAUGUUUUUCUUGGUCUCGGGGCUUCUCUCUGCGUUAUCACUUGUGCAGGCCACAUAGCUGCUGAAACCGUGAAUGGAUGUUGCCUUUACUUGUAUAUGGGAUUCAUCUUCUUGCUUCUGAUGCUCGAAGGUGGAGUGGUCGCCGAUAUCUUUCUAAACCGUGAAUGGAAGGAGGACUUCCCGGAGGAUCCUAGCGGUGCUUUCCACCAGUUGACAGAGUUCAUAGAGUCGAAUUUUGAGAUCUGCAAAUGGAUAGGUCUAUCUGUUGUCUGUGUCCAGGGUCUAACAGUUUUGCUGGCGAUGUUGCUCAAAGCUCUUGGGCCGCAUCAGCGAUAUGAAAGCGACGAUGAAUAUGAUGGUAGCAGCGUUGCGCUCCUCCAGGAUGGUCGUCACCCGCCGCCGUACGUAGUCGGGGAACCAGUUUACGGGGCUAAAGCUGGAGCCUGGACCAUAAGGAUAAAUGACCAUUAGAUGAUUAUCUUAUAGGGAACGUGAAAAAGGGCAUAUGCUUGGUUGGUGUGGACUGUUAAGAUUCUCGAUCGUGAUCUUUGUGAUAUGGUAGAAAUAUUUGAUAAUUGAUAUUAGCCACGUCUUUAUAUAUUUAUUUGAUUUCGGUUCGCCGACACCACCAUACGUGUAUAAUCAUACUUUGUAGAAUUGAAACGUAAUUGACGCUACAAAUAUCAACUUUGAGAA